GAGUGCUAUAAUAAAACUUUAAUUAUGAACGAUUUGGACGAGAUCCUGGACUUUGAAGAGACAGUAGACUUUAAUUUAUCUGAUAAUCCCGAUGCACUUGACGUUGAAAUAUUAGACGAGGAUGGUCUGUUUAGUCUUGAUGAUAUAGGCUUUGAAAAUAGUAAACAACAAGAUGAAGAGAACACUAAGGACGGCGAUAAUGGCAAGACUCAAAAUAACGAACAACAUAUAGAGUUAGAUAAGAACAUAUCCGGUGGCACAACACAACCACCGAUGGAACAUUUAGAAGAAACUAGCGUAGAAAUCUCUGAAUUUAACCUGGAUGACCCUUAUUUCCUCAAAGGAUACGAAGAUGCGAAUGGCGGAAUAGAUAGCGAAAUGAACAUUGAAGAUGAAGAAUUUUGGAAAGGACUAGGCGUGGAUCCAUCUGAUACUUUAGGUAAAGAAGAUAGUAAAGGGUCUGAUUUAGUUGGGAAACUUGAAACAGACAAUUCUACAUCUGCAUUACCACAAAAAGAGAACACGUUUAAAUCUUCAUCAUCAAUGACUGAUGUUGCUAAAGCUGAUGGUAAAAAAUCAAAUACGUCUAAUAACGGGAAAUCUGUGACAAGAAAAUCGAAAUCUCCCGAAAAAGAAGAUG